AACUCCAGACUUGCUGUGCAGCUUGUAGCUACUCGGACUGUAACUUUUAGCGAACCAAACAUCAGGAAGGCAAAUAAUGCCCAGUCGGAUAGCUAAAUAGUAGCUAGAGCUGUUGUUCACUACAAUUUUGCCACUUUUUGCGCGGACAUAAUGUCUGAUGAGGAAGAAGACUAUAUGUCGGAUGCUUUUCUCAGUAAAAUACAAGAUGUGAAACCAGGGGUCAACAUGGUGAGGCGGGUAAAAGAGGCAAUAAAGAGGGAGACGCAGCAAAAUGAGAAGAACAUUAAGAACCGUCAGAAAACCUACAAGGAGCAGGAGAAGGAAAGUCGAGAAGCAGCUUUACAGAGCUCCAUCAGCAAUGAGAACAAGGGAUUUGCGCUUCUGCAGAAAAUGGGUUACAAAGCUGGUCAAGGCCUCGGGAAGGAGGGAGCUGGGAGGGUUGAUCCAAUUCCUCUAAACAUCAAAACCGACAGAGGUGGCAUUGGAAUGGAGGAGGUGAAGAAAAGAAAAGCUGAGGAGGAACUUGAACAUUAUCGACAUAAAGUGCGAGCCAAACAACAGAAUGAGAGCAAAAAUCUGGAAGAUUUCAGGUCAAGAGUAAGAACAGAGAGAGAGGAGCGUAAGAUUGAAGGAGAUCUCAGGAGGAGCCAGCGAGCCUGUGAGCAGCUUGACAAUCAGAAGGGCAUCACUGUCCCCAGAGAAGACUGGUACUGGCCAAAAGAAGACGCUGAUGAUGAGGAAGAUAGUCAGGAGGAGGAGAAGGAAGAAGAGAUUGUGGAAUUAACUUCCUUUGACAAACUGCACAUUUUGACAUCCUAUUUGAGAGGAAUCCAUUUUUACUGCAUAUGGUGUGGAACCACCUAUAAUGACGAAGAGGACUUAUGCUCUAACUGUCCUGGGGAUACAGCAGCAGACCAUGAUUGAACUUGAUAAUAAAAAAAAA